CGGCCACGCGCCGGGGGCUGUCGGGCAGCGCGAGCGCGGCCGUUGGCGCCUCUCCCCGUUCCGCGGCCGUUGCAAGGCGGGGACGGGCGGCGGCCGUUAGCCGGAGAGGGGAGGGGGGAUCCUCAUGGCCGCGUCGGACCGCGUGGCGCUGGGGCCGCUGGUGGGCUCCAUCGAUCAGGGCACCAGCUCCAGCCGCUUCCUGGUGUUUAAUGCAAAAACAGCAGAGCUCUUGAGUCACCAUCAGGUUGAGAUACAGCAGAAAUUCCCUAAAGAAGGAUGGGUGGAACAAGAUCCAAAGGAAAUCUUAAAAUCAGUCUAUGAAUGUGUGGAAAGAACUUGUGAGAAACUGCAACAACUGAACAUAGACAUCACUAAUAUAAAAGCCAUUGGAGUCAGCAAUCAGAGGGAAACAACAGUGGUUUGGGACAAGAUCACUGGAGAACCUCUUUAUAACGCAAUUGUGUGGCUUGACCUGAGAACCCAGUCAACAGUUGAAAGGCUUCUUAAAAGAAUUCCAGGAAACAACAAAUCCUUUUUUAAGUUUAGGACUGGUCUUCCACUUAGCACUUACUUUAGUGCAGUGAAACUUCGUUGGCUUUUGGAUAAUGUAGAAGAGAUUAGGCAAGCAGUUGAUAAUGGAAGAGCAAUGUUUGGGACUAUUGAUUCAUGGCUUAUAUGGUGUUUGACAGGUGGAAAGAAUGGAGGUGUUCACUGUACAGACGUAACCAAUGCCAGUAGAACGAUGUUGUUCAACAUUCAUUCCUUGGACUGGGAUCCUGAGCUCUGCCAAUUCUUUGAUAUUCCUAUGGAAAUACUUCCAAAAGUACGAAGCUCAUCUGAGAUUUAUGGCCUGAUGAAAAUCUGUCCUAGCCUGAAAUCUGGAGCUUUGACAGGUGUACCAAUUUCUGGGUGCUUGGGUGACCAGUCUGCUGCUCUUGUUGGGCAAAUGUGUUUUCAAGAUGGGCAGGCAAAAAACACGUAUGGAACAGGAUGUUUCUUGCUGUGCAAUACAGGUCAGAAGUCUGUGUUUUCUGAACAUGGUCUUCUAACCACAAUAGCUUACAAACUGGGCAGAGACAAACCUGUUUGUUACGCUCUAGAAGGAUCUGUUGCAAUAGCUGGUGCCGUUGUUCGUUGGCUGAGGGACAAUCUAGGUAUCCUUAAGACUUCACAGGAAAUAGAAAAACUGGCUGCAGAAGUGGGGACUUCUUACGGCUGCUACUUUGUGCCAGCAUUUUCAGGACUGUAUGCACCGUACUGGGAACCCAGUGCAAGGGGUAUUAUCUGUGGCCUUACUCAGUUUACAAAUAAAAACCACAUCGCCUUUGCUGCACUAGAAGCUGUCUGCUUUCAAACACGAGAGAUUUUAGAUGCAAUGAACAAGGACUGUGGGAUACCACUAAGUCAGCUGCAAGUAGACGGAGGAAUGACCAAUAACAAAGUUCUAAUGCAACUCCAAUCAGACAUUCUCUGUAUUCCAGUAGUAAAGCCAUCAAUGCCUGAAACAACCGCUCUUGGAGCUGCUAUGGCAGCAGGAGCUGCAGAAGGAGUUGGAAUUUGGAGUCUGAAUCCUGGAGAUUUGACAGCAGUGACAUGUGAACGGUUUGAACCACAGAUAAACCCAGAAGAAAGUGAAUAUCGCUAUGCCAGAUGGAAGAAAGCUGUGAUGAAAUCUAUGGGCUGGGAGACAUCUGAAGCUCCUUCAAACGGUGACACUAGUAUCUUCUGUAGUCUGCCCUUGGGUUUUUUUAUUAUGAGUAGCAUGGUAAUGUUAAUCGGAGCAAAGUACGUCUCAGGUAACGAUAAAUGAGACUACAUGAUGGACUCUCUGGACACAGCUGACGUUUGUUUGUUUGUUUCAUUUUGUUUUAUUGUUUGAAACGAUUACACCACCAGUGUGAUGAUACUACCUGUGUGACUAAAUUCAUUCAUGAAUACAUCUGUUGUCAGUCCCUGAGCUACCUCCCUGUGGUACAUUGAAAUUUAAGUAUUCAGCCCUUCACUACUCUCCUCCCUUCCCCAUCAACUCCAACUGCGCUGGAGGCCUUUGUGUGGACUAUAUCCCGUCAUCCCUUAAAAUUUCACAAGCCAUGGCUUUGUUUGAGAAAGUUGGCAUAAAAAACCCUGCAACUUCUGAGGUGACUUCAGAUGUUUAGUUAAACUUUUCAGGGGUUGGUACUUUAUACAACACACUGCAAAAAGUUAAAGAUGCACUAUGGGACUUUGUAAACAUCUUACAAUUCUUCCAACUGCUGUUAAUUACCGAUCAUACAUACGUGGUUGCCAAAGAUGUUUUAUUUUAGUCACCUCUGGUCUGAAAUACCUUCAACGGUACUAACCUUUUAAUCUCUAGCUCAAAAUAUAUUAUUUCGCUGUAGGAAACAUUGCCACUGGUUUGGCAAUGAAAAAGUUGCUGAUAUGGUAAACAGAGCACUAUUGAAAUGAUCAAUUGAAGACUUAAAAAGUUUGGUUUGGCUUCUGGCAUAUGUAGUCAGUUUGCCUAUUUUAAGUAUUUAAUACACUAAGUCUUGUAACUGUACGUUAAAGAGGUAGGAGUAAAUGGCCGUUUUGGUUUAGGCCAUGCUUCAUGUUCUUGCCCUUUUGUGUUUGUUUUGAAAGACAAAUUUGAUACAGCAUGCUAUUCACAGGACAGCUUCUUUGUCCUCAGUAACUGAAAACUCUUAAAAUUACUCUGUACGGUAUACUUUUUCUUGACCAAUACUGCAUAUAUUCUGUUGUCCUGCUUAAGGGUAUUUUUAGUGAUUGUUUGUUAAAAUUUGAAAGUUGAAGCUAGCAGUUUUUCUUAAGGAGGGUCCACUCCAAAUUAAAUAUCAGUGCUUUAGUUCUUGCUGUCAUUUAGUAUACCUCAGGGACCAAAAUCUCCCUUUCAGUUUCCAUGUCCAUAGUUUUAACAGCAAGUUGUCACAAAAUAUGCUGGGACAACCCAAAACCCUGGCUUGGAAUUAUAAGCACUUGGCACCUGAAACUGGCCAUUUGGAGUUCACAGGCAACAGGAGUGAAAACAAACUUGUGUCCACUUUGAAACUUUACAUCUUCCACAGGUAAAGGAGUGAGGCAAUAAUCUUACCUUCAGCUUUCGUGUUUGUACCAACAGCAUGACAAAUGCCAGCCUUAUUGGGUAGGUCAGAGAAAAUGUAUUCUUGUAUUGUGUCACUGGAUCAGUAUAGAAUUAUAGCAAGAUUAAAUGUGGGAGCAACAUGAAGAAAUUCAAAACAAAUUACAAAGAGGUGUUUAAAUGCACUAAGUUAAAGGGAGUGGUUUUUGUGUGUUCUUAAAAAAAACGUCUUUGAAAAAUAUUCUUUAAAAGUUUUUCUUCGUUUAACUAGAGGCUUAGUUUUAAAAAAAUGUUAAAUAUAUGUUUGUCUGAAGCAGUGGUUUGCACAGAAGUUCAGGUCUGUAUGAUAUAUUUAAUAUCAAAUGUAUAUUAAUUGCCUUUUUAUUAUCAAGUGCAAUGACCUUUGAAAAUGUGACUUUUAAUUAAGUUAGAGAAGGAACAUUUUUCCUCCUGUGGUUGCAUGUGUACAUUUAACAGAAGGGAUUUUUGUGCACAAGUGAAAAUAGAACACCAACAUUCAAAUCCCUGAUCUUGUAUAAGAACUCAAAUGUGAGGUGUAAUAAUUAAAAAUUCUGAGUUUUCCAGUUUGUAUUGGAGAGGUGAAGAAAGAGUGAAAAAUGAACAUGAACCCAUAGGAAAAUCUUUAUACUCCCUACCUUUACUCUGAGCUGUCACUGAUUCCAUUUUACACCAAGGAAAAGCAGCCUUCGGAGCACACGGGGCAAGGGCAGCAUACACCUCAAGCACUGGACUUCUGAGUUUGACUUCUUGCCAAAAACACUGAAGUACUGAACCUGGGAAUGGUUACUGUUAAGUGUUGCCUUUGCCAGUGAUGUAUGUGGCAGGGGAAAAGGUAGCACAUAAUAAGUAGAAGGAGGAUUUUUUGCUGCUUUUCUGAUAUAUCUUUUACCGGGAAACACAAUUCCUAUUACUUUUUCACUGAGUAAAUAUCAUAAUUUUAUUUUCAAUUGCUGUUGCAAAUAUUUUUUAAGAAUUUCACACCACUGUUAACUUUCUACCAACAGUUGAAAUAUAUUGUAAAUUGGGGUUGGGGGGGGCAAACUGUUGAAAGUUAGCUUUUUGUGAAGCUGUGAUUUAUUUUUUCUAUAAAUUACCAGAUUUAUAAAUUCUUACUUGAGACAUGCAUUAACUUGGUAUUAAAAUGCCAUAAAUAAAUUGAUCUAAACUGUCA